ACUUCAUUUGCACGCACCGUAACUCGCGAGUCAAAAAAAAAAAAAAAUAUAAUAAUAAAUAAAAUUGUACUAUUGUACUUUGAUAAUUAAUCUAUAUAUUUAAAAUUUUUUCAAUAAGAAUUGAUCACUUGCUAUGAUUAAAGCACUAAUUAUUUUCUAAUAAAAAAAUUUUUUUGUUAAUUCAUUUUUCAAUGUUUUCACUAAAUUAUUUAAUACAAAAAAUUAUAACGUUUGUAUAAAGAGAUAUUACAUUUGAUAAAUAACAAUAAAAUUUUUGUGUUUGAUAUUUAUUUUUAUUUUACUCAAAUUAUAAAUAAGAGAGUAUCGAGGAAUUAAUAAUCACAGUCGCGAAUGUGGAAACUUGCAAAAUUUAGAUACUUGUUUUUAUCAAAAAAAAAAUAUGUUGGUUGUGUUGUUGAUUUAAUGAUUUUUAAAUAUAUCACAUGUAUUGGAAAAGGUAAACUUUACAAGUAUUUGAAAACAUUUGAGCAAAGAAGAUAAAUUUUAAAUCAAGGUUACAUAUGUUUAGAAUUAUAUCGAUCUUUGAUAUAGAUCGAUCUAUAAACGUGACAGUGCAUAAUAAAUAGUGAAAAAAAAAAAAAAUAAUAAUAUUAACUAUAAGGAUUCAUCAAAUUUAUAUCUUCUCGUGUGUGAGCAUAAAACGUAGCCCUGUCGUUUUGAAGCAGCAGAGCAGCGCAAAAUCAGCGGGAAAAUAUCGCCAAAAUAUUAAAAAUAUCAAUCAACAAUUAAAAAUUAAAAAUAUUAUAAAAUUAUAAAUUAAUUAUAUAUUUAUUUUUAAAUUUAAAAGCCAGAUAUUUAAAAACCGCGCUGACAUCGUAGAAUGGUAGAAGGUGAAACCGACACAAAACACAAUCAUAAGUGUGAUGUAAAGGACGAUCGUCUAAACGGCUGCGGUUCAAAAGACCUAGAACUUGCCGCAGGAAUUGGGUCAAAAGAAAAGGCCCUUGAUCCAGAAAAAGGUACCUACCUAAAAGCUGAUUUUGAACAAGCAAUUCAACUAACAGGAUAUGGAAAGUUUCAUUACUUUCUACUGGCAGUAUGUGGCUUCGUCAGCACGAGCGAGGAGAUGGAUGUAAUAUCCAUGUCCUUUAUUUUACCAAGUGCACAUUGUGAUUUGCAUUUGAGUACCGAGGCUAAAGGAUGGCUAAGUUCAAUAAUAUUUAUUGGUAUGAUGGCAGGUGCUUAUGCAUGGGGCUCAGUGGCAGAUACACUGGGUCGUCGCAAAGUACUAAUUGUCAUAUCAUUUAUGAAUGCACUUUGCAUUGUUGCUUCAAGUUUGAGUCAGUCUUAUGCACUAUUUAUGGUCUUUCGUUUUCUUAAUGGAGCUGCCCUUGGUGGUAGCGGACCUGUUAUCUGGUCAUAUUUUGCCGAGUUCCAGCCAAAGUCCAAACGUGGAUCCAUGCUUUCAUUCAUGGCUGCAUUUUGGACACUUGGAAAUCUCUUUGUAGCUGGAUUGGCAUGGCUGAUUAUUCCUCAUGACUUUGGUAUUCAUACAAGCUCAUUUACAUAUAAUUCUUGGCGAAUUUUCCUGCUGAUUUGCGCUGCUCCUUCUUUCAUUGUCGCGGGGCUAUUAAUGCUCCUCCCGGAAUCUCCAAAAUAUUUAUUAUCACGUGGAAGAUAUGAUGAAGCAUUAAAUAUUUUUCGUAAUAUUUAUGCUAUCAAUACUGGAAAACCUCGUGAUACCUAUAUGGUUACAGAACUUAUACUUGAUGAUUUUAUAAAACCAGAACCAAUAAAACCUGGUAAAGUUGAAAAAAAUAAAUACAAACUUAUGCUUAUUGAUAUUAUGGAUAAUAGUAAACAAUUAUUUGUAUCACCAAUAUUACGUUUUACUGUUAUAUCAAUUGUCAUUAAUUUUACAUUCCAUAUUGGUUAUUAUGGUUUGAUGAUGUGGUUUCCUGAAUUAUUUAAUCGUUUUGAUAAAUAUUCAAAAGAUCAUAAUGGUGCUAAUGGUGAUAUAUGUGCUGUAACUGAUUAUUAUAAUUUUCUUAAAGCUGAUAAUUUAAAACAAGAAUUACCAUGUGAAAAUAAAAUUGCUGAGGGUGUAUUUAUUGAAUCAUUGAUAACUGUUGCAUCAGCAAUACCAGCAAAUAUUAUUGCUGUAUUAGGAAUGGAUCGUUUGGGACGUAAAUUUUUUCUUGUUUUUAGUACACUAUCAUCUGGUGCAUGUUCAAUUGGUUUAUAUUUUGUUUAUAAUAAAACACAAAAUGUUAUUGUAUCAGCAAUAUUUAGUGGUGUUAUUAGUUGUGGUAAUGCUGCACUUGAUUGUCUUAUCACUGAAGUAUUUCCAACAAAUUUACGUGCAACUGGUAUUGCAAUAUCAAUGGUUGCUGCACGUCUUGGUGGUAUCAUUGGUAAUAUUGUUAUAGCUCAACUGUUGGAUACUUAUUGUCCAGCACCAACAUUUAUCGUUGCUGUUCUUCUUAUCGGAGGUGGUUUAUUGAGUCUAUUUUUACCAAACACAACACGCGAACCACUUUCCUGACACCACAUUAGUUUUAAUUUUAAAAAAAUACAGCUCUACCUGAGAAUUACUAUGUAUAAUUUCUUGGUUUUGUAAGUUAUUUUAUAAUUUAAGAAAUUAUUAAUUAUUAUUAUUAAAAUUUAAACAAAAAAAACUUGAAAUAAUAUUAUCAUUUUAUCAGGUAUGAAUUUAGAUAAAUUGUAAAUUUUCAAAAACUAAUAUCGUUUAUAAUAAGUUAUAGUAAUAAUAAUUUUUUUUUUUCAUUUUCAAUUUGCAUUGUAAACCAGGUGUUUCAUCUAUAAUUAAAAUAUUUUAAAAGCAUCAAAAUCAUUAUGAUAAAAGUAAUUUAAAAAAAAAAAAAUUUCAUCUAAAUUUUCAUCUUUAAAAUGAAAAAAAAUCAUUUAUUGAAAGAAAAAAAAUUAAACUACUCAAAAUAUUUAUAGAAAAAUUUAAUUAAAUUUUUUUUCAACAAGUUUUGGUGUUGUAAAUCAUGAUUAAUAUUUUUUUUUUAGUUUAAAACACCUGGUUUAUUGAAAUAGUUUAAGUAAUGAAAAAAAAAAAAAAUUAAUACCUGAUUAAUUGCAUUUUUUACAAAGCAGAUAAUUGUUAUUAUUAUUAUUUUGUUAAUUA